GACGAUGGCGACUGUAGCUAUUAGUCCGUUUUGAGAAACGCCUUUGUUUUUUUGAAUUACUGGGUUUACCAAAAGUUAAGUUUUGUCUAAAGAAUGUGUGAGUCGCAUCUAUUGCAAAUCGUCUUUGGUCCUUAUAUAGUUGAAGAGGAGGGUAACAUUAGUAGUACGAGUGCUUCUGAUCUGUUUUUUUUCCAACACACUGAAAGUCAUGCUGUUGAAAGUAGUGGUAGUUGUAGCUGGCAAAAAGUGAAAAAGAAACUUCACAUUUUGUGCAAACAGCUUGCGUUUGGAUAGUAUACAAAGUAGCUCUGAAAGAAACUCAUGGAAGAUUGGGUGAACUUCUACAAGGUUACACGAGUGCUCACGUUGAUGUCAUCGUUUCCGACUAGAGUUUUUGGUUUGACUCUGAAGAUAAAGUCCAACUUUUGGUAAAUAAUUCCUAGAAAGCAUACGCAGACGAACAGAGUGGUUUGCACAUUGACACGAACCUAAAACAUUUUUCUAUUAUCGCAGCAAAAUCAAACCACUCGCCACUACUUGAAAUUCAACCAGAACAGCAACAACAACAAAUAUGAGCCCAAGGCUAGUAAAUUAUGGCUUAGUCAUCAAGUCUAUAAAGAGAAUGAUUGGCGCUUCUAUCUUUUACUGUUUUCUUCGUUGUUGGCAUGAGUGGAGAAUUGCAAUUGUUUUAUUUACUUGGAUUUGUAAAAUGACAGCAACGACAACAACAAACAAGAGAAAGUCAUAGUGUAUUGGUUAGUAGUACAUGGAAUAUCAAUAAUAGCUUUUGUCAUAAAAGUACGAAUUUGACCUAUUUUUUACCAUAAAGGAAAAUUGUAUUGU